AUGGGAGUCAGCCCGCAAGGCAUCAAGAUGUCCAUAUGGCUGGCCGUGUUUACGUGCUUAACCAGCGCGAUAGUUGGCCUGCGUAUCUGGGCAAUUCAUCUGACACGCAAGAGAUUCCAGCUACAUGACUAUCUGGUGAUUACCGCCUAUAUCAGUGCGUGUGCGAUGACAGGGCUAAAUUAUUGGGCCGUCGCCAACGGGCUAGGAGCUCAUACGGAAACAUUGUCAAAGCAUGAACUCGAGGUUCAGUUUAAGAUAAUUGUUGGAUCGAGUAUGACCUGGCUGGUCAGCACCGUAUGCUGCAAACUCUCCAUCCUCACCCUCUAUACCUCCCUCUUUCGUACCUCUCGACCAAUUCGAAUUACCGUCUGGAUUGUGAGUGGACUAGUGAUUGGGUACUUCGUUGGAUUUCUACCUACAUUUCUUACGCAAUGCCACCCGAUUUCCUAUCAAUGGCACCCAACUCCAGGGGGCUACUGUCGCCCUUUAAGUCACCAGGAGAUCGCAUCCAUCACAUUAAACAUCAUACUGGAUACAGCAAUCGCAUUACUACCCAUACCAGCUAUCUGGAAUUUGCGGAUGUCGAUCAGUAACAAGCUCACAAUAGGAGUGAUGUUUGGAAUGGGCUUAAUCGUCGUGGCAGUAAUGGUCUAUCGUCUGAUAAUAACUCUGGAUCCAAAAACAGCAGCUGACUUUGUAUACGGACUGUACAGCAUAGGCCUCGUCAGCUUCCUCGAGCUCUGGCUGAGUAUUACAAUUGUCAGCUUACCUGCGUUGGCACCUCUCUUCCGUUUAUAUAUCGAGCCUGUAUUCUCACAUAAACGACCAAGUGGCGGUGGCCAGCUUCAGGAAGCACAACAUACGAUCGGCAGCGAGCCGCGCAAGCGAGUUGGUCCCGAUUGUAUGUAUUCUGAUAUUGAGUUAGGACGGGGGAAUUAUUCUGCCCACGUGAAAACCUGCAUGAGUUCGAGUCAGAGUGAGGGAGAAGACACUACAGAGCUGGUCAAGGACAUGCAGCCCAAUGCAAUUUCCAUGAAAAGGGAGGUGGUAGUUCGGGAGGAGUAA